UUGAAUCCAUAGAUACUUUUCAUUAUGCAAUAUGAUGGAUCCAUCAUCACCCUCCAUCUCCAUAUCACAAAAACAGCACCCUCUCCCUUUCCCUGAAUCGGUGUCAGCACUGCCUUCCUCUCCUCGUCAUCAUUAUCAUAAUGACACAUCUGAUCUCCUCCUCAUCCCUCACGUGCCUGGCUCCAAACUCCGCCUCAUGUGCAGCUACGGCGGCCACAUCAUGCCACGUGACAACUCCCUCUACUACGUCGGUGGCGACACUCGUAUCGUCGCCGUUGACCGUCACUCUUCCUUAUCACACCUCUUUUCUCACCUCUCUCGCACUCUCCUUCAUGGAAGAAGACCUUUCACUCUCAAGUACCAUCUUCCCAAUGAAGACCUUGACAACCUCAUCACUGUUUCCACUGAUGAAGACCUCCAGAAUAUGAUAGAUGAGUAUGAUCGUUUGUCUUCAAACCCUUCUCCUUCACCUUCUCGACUCAGAUUGUUCCUCUUCUUCUCAAAACCAGAUACUGCUGUUUCCAUGGGAAAUGGUCACUUUUAUAAUCAUGCAUGGUUUGUGGAAGCUCUCAACAACUCAGGGAUUCUGUCUCGUGUUGUUUCAGAUUCUGCAGCUGCUGUUGAUAACUGCCUCCUCAACCUCGAUGAUUAUGAUAUUAGUGCUUCAAGUAAUGACGAAAAUACUAAUAAUAAUGUUAUCAAGGAGCAUUUGAUUGAUGUUGAUUAUUCAGUGCCUGUGGAGGAGGAGGAGGAGAAGAACAUGUUUAAUUAUUCAAUUGCUAAUCUUCGAGUUCGUGUUGAUCAUGACGAUGAUGGUAGCGGGGUGAAGCAAGAGCAGAGGCUUAGGAUGGAACAACAGCAUGAAAACAACUUUGAUAAUGUGAAGCAGCAAAACGAUCCUUUUCUUGAAUCUUCUUAUUGUCACGAUGGCCGUGCUGGUUAUGAUUUCAUCAAUAGGGUUGUGUCCGAUGAUCGAAAGCCUCCUUUGCCGUCGCUCAUUGUUCAACCAAGGACCACCGGAGCUAGCCUUGGUUUGCCUUCUCCAGAUUCACUAGCAAGUGAUAGCAGUGUUGCAUCUGCAUGUGUGGACAACAAAGAUACAACUUUGUCAAAUAAUAUCAAAAGUGAAGUAUUUGAUCAAAAUCAACAAGGGGAACAAGCAAAGGAUCUUGAUUACACCCCACCCCAACAACAAUUGAAUCAAAACCAGCAACCUCAGACAUAUCAACAACAUCAAUUUGUCUAUAUUCAUCGUCCUAUAGGUACAGGUCAAGUUCCAUUGUCAUCCUACUACCCAGUUUAUGCCCCACCAUCACAAUCACACCAACUUCAUCAGUAUCCUGUUUAUGUAAUGCCAAUUGGACAUGGAUCGACACAACCAUACAACAUGGCUUUACAAUCCAAUUUAUCUGACACAAAUGUCGUAGCUUCAACUAUGCCACUAAUACCACAAAGUGUUGUACCUGAGGUGAAUCCAAGUGUUUAUAAAACUCCUAUGGCAUCAAAUCCAUCUUUUAUUCAAGUUCUUUCUAAUCAAUAUCAGCAGCAAUACGUGAGUUUAUCUCAAAAUAUUCAUCAUCCACCACAGAAGACUAUUUAUGGUUAUGAAUAUGGUGGAGGUGGAGCUACGCAAGAACAAGUAUACUACACACAACAGCAGCCCGCAAAUGCAAAUGCACCUCCUCAGUACCAAUCCAUGACCCCAGCACCUGCUGUAGCAGCACUAUUAGAUGUUUCAAAACAAUUUCCUAUAGACAACAACAUCCAGCAGCAAAACAGAACUUCACAGCAAGUAUAAUUCGACUUGGAGAACAUUGUGUC